AUGUUCUCAAGAGUCGCAAAAAGAUCAUUCUCAUCAAGCGCUGCCCAAAACUACAAAGUCACCGUCUUGGGUGCUGGUGGUGGUAUCGGUCAACCUUUAUCCCUUUUAAUGAAAUUAAACCACAGAGUUACUAAAUUGGCAUUAUACGAUUUGAAAGGUGCUCCAGGUGUCGCUGCUGAUAUCUCUCAUAUCCCAACAAACUCUGAAGUUAAAGGUUACUCUCCAAAUGAACAAGAUGGUUUGAAGAACGCUUUAACCGGUUCUGAUGUUGUUUUAAUCCCAGCUGGUGUUCCAAGAAAACCAGGUAUGACUAGAGAUGAUUUGUUCAACAUCAAUGCCUCAAUUGUUAGAGAUUUAGCUGCCGCCGUUGCUGAAAACGCUCCAAACGCUGCUGUUUUAGUUAUCUCAAACCCUGUUAACUCAACUGUUCCAAUUGUUCGUGAAGUUUUCAAACAAAAAAAUGUUUAUAACAAAAAGAAAUUAUUUGGUGUUACCACUUUAGAUGUCUUGAGAUCCUCAAGAUUCUUAUCAGAAGUUGCUGGUACUGAUCCAACUACUGAAAGAGUCACCGUUGUUGGUGGUCACUCUGGUAUUACCAUUGUUCCAUUAUUAUCUCAAACUAAACACAAAGAUUUGAAAGAAGAUGUUAGAGAUGCUUUAAUCAACAGAAUUCAAUUCGGUGGUGAUGAAGUCGUUAAAGCUAAAGAUGGUGCUGGUUCUGCCACUUUAUCUAUGGCUCAAGCCGGUGCUAGAUUCGCUUCUUCUGUUAUCAAAGGUUUAGAUGGUGAAAGAGAUAUCUUUGAACCAACUUUUGUUGAAAACCCAAUCUACCAAAGCGAAGGUAUUGAUUUCUUUGCUACUGAAGUCACUUUAGGUCCAGAAGGUGUUGCUAAAAUCCACGGUUUAGGUGAAAUUUCAGCACAUGAAGAAGAAUUAAUCGCUAAAGCCAAAGAAGCUUUAAAGAAAAACAUUGCCAAAGGUGAAACUUUCAUCACUGAAGCUAAAUAA